AUGUCGGGCGACCUCAUCGACCUCAGUGACGAGGGCACCUCCUCUCAGAACACCACUGGCAUCGACGGCAUUCACCGUACCAACGGUCUCGUCGGCCGCAUGUCUCUCUCGGAGAACCGCCCAAGGUCGCCUCCACGCAACCACUUCGCCGGUCUCGAUAUUCUCAUGAGACAGAGGCAGUCUUCUACACCAGUCCCUUCGCCAGCUCCGCGACCGGUGUCACUGCCGAGCUCAGCCAGUGUCCCUCGCUUUGUUACACGUCUCUCUUCAAGUUCGGAGAUGUUCUCCCCGUUGGCUCAGCCGUACAGGGCCCCGGAGUCUGUGGCGUCCUUCCUACAAGAGCAGCAAGAGCCCUUGACCUCUGCCCUUAGGUCAGAUCAGCCGAUCCCCGAGUACAUCCCUGAGAACAGAAUGGAAUUCAAGAGUAUGAUUGAUACUAUCAAUGACUACGACAAGACCGUCGACAGCGAGUCCGAUCACCGUUCUGAUCGCCGCUCCUCGUCGCCACCCGUCCCUGACCUCGAAACAUCCGUGCCUACUGGCCCUGAUACACCCCCGACCCCAACAACCGUUCAUGGUGAGCAUCCCGUCCAUGGUUUUAGACCCGGCCAAACGGCGGCUGCACGAACGAAUCGGCAGGUCUGCGGUCAUGCGACCCAAGAGCUGAAGAGGAAGUUGGCAGCCACUGAGGAAGCCUUUGCCAGGCUCAAGCACGAGAACACUGAGCUCACCACGAAGCUAGGCCUUGUCGGAUACCAGAUCGAGUCCACCGAGAACCAGAAUGCCGCGAUGUCUCGCGCUCUCUCUGAGAGGGACGCUAUGAUCAAGAAGCAGGACCUCGAGAUGAAGAAGCAGGACGCUGAGAUGAAGAAGCAGGACCUUGAGAUAAAGAAGCAGGACGCUGAGAUCAAGAAGCAGGACGCUGAGAUCAAGACCAAGAACGCUCAGCUGGUAAGGAAGGAAGUUGAGAUCGAAGGAAAUGUUGCUAAGAUCAAGAAGAAGAAUCAACAGCUAGGUGCUCGCAAUGCAUUGAUCAACAAGGCAAACCCCGGAAGCGACAAGGACAAUGUACAUGGGGCCAAGAUUGCUGCUAAGGAUGCCGAGUUGGCCGCUAUAGACAUCAAGUUGGCCGCCAGAGAUGCCGAGUUGGCAGCGCUCAGGCAGACCCUUAAAGUUCGCAACCGCGAGAUCGAGGAAGCCGAGGCAGCCAUCGAAGAGGAGAAGGAUGCUAUCGAGAACUUGCGUCAGGAGGCAGUCGACCGUCAGCGAAUCAUCGACUAUCACCGCUCACAAAAUCAGGCCUUUUCUGACGCUGCGACUGCACGCGAGCAGACCAUAACUGUUCUACGACAAGAGCUUGUCAUCCGGAGGUUCGAGCUGACCGAGGCGCAAGAGCAACAUGGAAACCGCGGCGCCAUCGAGGACAUCAAGGGCAAGCUUCGUGAAAUGACCACUCUUUCCGAUCGCCAGCGUAUCCAGCUCAAGGAAGCCAAGGACGAACUCAGGAGCAAGGACGCCCGUAUCAUGGAUCUCAGCAAGAACGGUGAGCGUCUUCGUGGUGCCAUCCAUGUCGUCCCGCCGCGCGCCAAUGUCAAGCUUCCCGAGACCGUCGUCUCAUGCACGGAGUGUUACGCCUUGGACCGACGAUGUGACAGCGGUACCAAGUGUCGCCCCUGCAAGGAGAACAACACAGAGUGCCUGCGCUUCAUGUGCUCAUUGAAGUACAAGAACGGCAACUGCCCCCUCGUCCCUUGCCCACUCACUCACGAUGGUCAAGGCUACCUCAUGUUGCCGCGACCUCGUCCGGAAUGGUGA